GGGGUGGGAGCCGAGUCACUGAUUCUCCCAGAGACCCCCAGCACAAGACAGCCGAGGGACCCCCUGACUGAGCGGCGUGACAGACAGACAUGCAGUGGAUGGUGUGAUGCUGGGGGCAGCCGGAUCCCUGGGAGAGAGAAGACAGAGCAGGUAUCCUUAACUCCGCGUCGCCCGCAGCGGAUCACCCGCAGCCAGCAUGGCGUGUCUCGUAAAAAUCGCUGUCCUCGUGGCUGUGGUGGCUUCUGUGUCCUCGGAGGAGAUGGAAAACGUGACGUGCGGAACUCCUCAGAAGACCAAGUGCGAGCCGGGGAUCUUGCUCCCAGUCUGGCUUCCGCACAACCCAUCGUCAGGAGACAAGGUGGCCCGGGCCGUGGUGUACUUCGUGGCGAUGCUCUACCUCUUUCUGGGAGUGUCCAUCAUUGCCGACCGCUUCAUGGCAUCGAUCGAGGUCAUCACGUCGCAGGAGAAAGAGAUCACGCUCACCAAACCCAACGGGGAAACCAGCGUUGCCACCGUGCGCAUAUGGAAUGAGACGGUCUCCAACCUCACCUUGAUGGCCCUCGGCUCUUCUGCUCCGGAGAUCCUCCUCUCGGUCAUCGAGGUUUGCGGCCACAAUUUCCAAGCCGGGGAUCUGGGGCCAGGAACCAUCGUGGGUUCGGCAGCGUUCAAUAUGUUUGUGAUCAUCGGAAUAUGUGUGUACGUCAUACCGAACGGCGAAUCGAGGAAGAUCAAGCAUCCACGCGUGUUUUUCGUCACAGCUACGUGGAGCAUCUUUGCCUACAUCUGGCUUUACCUGAUUCUCGCCGUUAUCUCCCCGAAUCGCGUACAGGUCUGGGAAGCGCUGGUCACCCUCCUCUUUUUUCCAGCAUGCGUCCUCUUCGCUUGGAUCGCGGACAAGCGUCUUCUCUUCUACAAGUACGUCUACAAGAGGUACCGAGCGGACAAGCGAAGAGGCAUCAUCAUCGAGACGGAGGGCGAGUUCCCCAAGAGCAUAGAGAUGGACGGUAAGCUGGGGGCAGCCGCCGGCGUGCCGGGAGAAACCAAGGACGUCGUGGUGCAGGACAUCGCUGCGGCGGCCGCUGAAGCCAAGGAGCUGGACGAGAGUCGCAAGGAGGUCAUCCGCAUCCUCAAGGAGCUGAAGCAGAAGUAUCCAGAGCGGGAGCUCGACCAGCUCGUAGACAUGGCCAAUUACUACGCUCUGCUGCACCAGCAAAAGAGUAGAGCUUUCUACCGGAUCCAGGCCACGCGCAUGAUGAUCGGAGCCGGGAACGUACUGAAGAAGCACGCGGCCGACCACAGCAAAAAGCCGGCCAACCUCCAAGAAGUGACGGCCGACUCCGAGGAGGAGAACACCAGCAAGAUCUUUUUCCAGCCCUGCAACUACCAGUGUCUGGAGAACUGCGGCUUAGUGACGCUGUACGUCGCGUGUCAAGGAGGAGACGGCGGGAGCACCUUUUACGUGGACUACAAAACCGAAGACGGCUCGGCCAACGCCGGCUCCGACUACGAGUACAGCGAGGGGACCCUCAUUUUCAAACCGGGGGAGACGCAGAAGGAGCUGAAGAUCGGGAUCAUCGACGACGACAUCUUUGAGGAAGACGAGCAUUUCUUUGUGCGACUGAUGAACCUGAGGGUGGGAGAUGCCGAAGGGAUGUUCGAGCCCGACGGGGACGGUCGCCCCAAGGCCCGCCUGGUGUCUCCGCUCAUCGCUACCGUCACCAUCCUGGACGACGACCACGCCGGGAUAUUCACAUUCGAGGAGAAGCUGGUCCACAUUAGUGAAAGCGUGGGCGUCCUGGAGGUGCGAGUGGUGAGGAACUCGGGGGCCCGAGGAACUGUGGUCAUUCCGUACAGGACAAUAGAGGGGACCGCCAGAGGAGGAGGAGUGGACUUCGAAGACGCUUAUGGCGAACUGGAGUUCCUGAACGACGAGACGGUGAAAACUCUCCAGGUGAAGAUCGUGGACGACGAGGAGUACGAGAAGCAGGAGAACUUCUUCAUCGUCUUGGAGGAGCCGCGGUGGAUGAAACGCGGGAUUUCAGCUCUGCUGCUCAAUCAGGACGAAGAUGACAAGAAGCUGACGGCGGAGGAGGAAGAAGCCCGGAGGAUCGCGGAGAUGGGGAAACCCAUCCUGGGGGAACACUCCAAGGUGGAGGUCAUCAUCGAGGAAUCGUACGAGUUUAAGAGCACGGUGGACAAACUGAUCAAGAAAACAAACCUGGCGCUGGUGAUCGGCACCCAUUCCUGGAGAGAGCAGUUCAUGGAGGCGAUUACUGUGAGCGCCGGUGACGAGGAGGAGGAAGAUGACGGCAGAGAGGAGCGCCUGCCGUCCUGCUUUGACUACGUCAUGCACUUCCUCACCGUGUUCUGGAAGGUUCUCUUCGCCUUCGUCCCGCCCACCGAGUACUGGAACGGCUGGGCCUGCUUCCUCGUCUGCAUCGUCAUCGUGGGGCUGCUGACGGCCGUCAUCGGGGAUCUGGCUUCGCACUUCGGCUGCACCGUGGGCCUCAAAGACUCCGUCACGGCCGUGGUGUUUGUGGCUCUCGGCACCUCCAUACCAGACACCUUUGCCAGCAAAGUGGCGGCGACCCAGGACCAGUACGCGGACGCCUGCAUCGGCAACGUGACCGGCAGCAACGCCGUCAACGUCUUCCUGGGGAUCGGGGUGGCCUGGUCCGUGGCGGCCAUCUAUUGGGCCAUCCAAGGGAAGGACUUCGUGGUGCAGACCGGGACGCUGGCCUUCUCCGUCACCCUGUUCACCAUCUUCGCGUUCAUCAGUAUCAGCGUCCUGCUGUAUCGCCGGAGACCCCACAUAGGCGGGGAGCUGGGGGGCUCGCGGCUCUCCAAGACGCUCACCACCAUGCUGUUUGUGGGCCUGUGGCUUCUCUACAUCCUCUUCUCCAGCUUGGAGGCCUACUGCCAUAUCAAGGGCUUCUAACGGGGUCAUUGUGACACGUAGGGGGGGCACGUCUCUCCUAGAACUGUGGCCUCAAACAUUCCACGGGCCCCCCGCCGCCGCCGCCACAGGAGGUCCGGCACAAACCGGGGGUCCUUUAUUUAUUGUUUUCAUUCUCUCCGUCAUGUUAAAAGUAGCACAAUUCUGAAAACGAGGGAAUUCCCCCCAAAAGUCCAGCACGGGGGUCUCAGGA